UUCACGAUGAUCAGAAGAGAAAUCCCAGAGAUUGAUAUGGAACCCGUCGCCGUCCCCGACCCGGAACCCGUCAUCGUUACCGACGCGGCACGCGCCAAGGUCAAGGAGCUCGUCUCGUCCCAUCCUGUGCUCAUCUUCAGCGAGAGGCUUUGCCCCUUCUGCGUGUGCGUGAAGCAGCUCUUCUUUCUGAGAUUGGGAGUCAAAUACAAGGGCAUUGAAUUGGACGAAGAGAGUGAUGGUAAGGAGAUACAGGCGGCGGUUGCUGAGUUGACUGGACAGCAGACUCUGCCCAAUGUUUUCGUUGGCGGAACUCACAUUGGCGAUUGCGACACAACUUGGGAUUUUCACAAGGAAGGUAAACUGGUCCCUCUGCUCACUGAAGCUGGAGUUACUGCCAAAUUACAGGAGCUGUCAAUAAACGAAGGAUCCCAAGCUGCUUCUGCUGAAGUUGCUUCUGUUUGAUGACUUGAUCUGUAAACUGUGCUUUUUUCUAGGCACAUUGAACUUUAAGGGCUGUAUAACGUUAGCGCGCUAUAAUUUUAGAUUUCUGACUUAUGGUUUAUUUGGGCAUGUUUGUGUUUUUCUAAAUCACUUUACUAAUGUGCACUUGAUCAUAAGUUGUCCUUGAUCAAAAGCCAACUUCCCUCUACAAAUGGAUAGAGACAAACUAAGUUUCUUUCUUGA